GCUGGCCAUACUAGACACUCUUCUUGCUAAAAAGGAACCACUUAGUGAGACUGAAGAAGUUGUCAAGAAUAAACUUCUGGCCGAGUAUUUCUAACUAUGUUUCUAGUGUAUAAUAACUAUGUUUGUACUUCCUGGUUGUUUCUUGUGUAAUAUCUAAAAAUACUAUCUUAUUUAUGAUGAAUGUACUUCCUGCUUGUUUCUAUGAAUAUCUUUAUAAAUGAAUAUGAUGUUCCUGCUUGCUUAAUCAUGCUUGUUUCUGUGAUGUUCAAUAGUUCUGGUAUUAACAGUAGAGAAGCUAAAAUUUAACGAGAACUGUUCAAUAUAAUUAGAGUAUUGAACCAGGCUUUUUUCUAUGAAUGUACUUCCUGUUUGCUUCCUGCUUGUGUAAUAACUUAUGUAUUAUCAAUUCUGUUUUUUCCUCUAAUUCAGUUUGAGAAUCUAAAAUUUCCCUUGUAAAUUUUUUUUUCAGGUGUAGGAACAAAUGGAACAAGAUUAUAGCUAUACCCAGCCUUCUGAAUCGGAGGAGUAUGGUGAAAACUCAGCAGACAGUGGCUACAGCCAAGCAGAAGCUGAUAUUCUGCUGGACCAAGCUGAGAUUAGCUACAAUAAUGCCGAGCGGCUUCAGUACCCUCCGCAACCUGAGGUUGAGUUUGGAUUCCCGAAGACAUGCUACUGUGGUGGUCAACCUCUUGUAGCAACAUCUUACACUAGAAAUGAUCCAUGCAGAAGAUACUACACGUGUGAGAAUGUUGAUGACGGAGAGUGCCAUGUUUGGAAAUGGUGGGAUGUGGCGGUUAUGGAGGAGAUGAGAGCCAUGGAUACACAGUAUGGCCAGCUGGCUGAAAAGGUAGAUUAUCUAACCUUCUUGAGUGACUAUGAGACACAACUUAACCAGGUUAAGGAUCUCCAUAAUGACACUGAGCAGAAGCUGGUUAGGCUUGAGAAGAUAGUGUGUGAGUUAGCUAAGAAGAAAUCAAGGUUUACGCAUGGCUUUGAAUUCGUUGUUGGUGUAUUGGUUGUUGUAUUUGUUCUAAUAGGUAUGGUCCUCAUGUUCAAGUAAAUGAGAUUGCUGUUUAUCUCAACACUACUUAAAACUGAUCAAGGUGUAUGUUUUGUAAUGAUUCGGAUUUUAUGAACUAGGUAUUGUAUUAUGUUUUAUUGUAAUUUGUUUGGAUUGUAUGAAACUGAUCAAGGUGUAUGUUUUGUAAUGUUUUUGAUUGUAUUAUGUUUUGUAAUGAUCAAGGUUCACAUGUGUUCUCCAUAUGAGAUUUGAACCUUGUUUUAACUUGCACCAAAUUUUAAAUGAUCAAGGUUCACAUGUGUUCUCCAUAUGAGAUUUGUACUCAAUGGUCACAUGUAUUUGUUUGUUUCUUCCACAAGAAAACAAGCUAGUAUCACAAGAUGGAUACUUCUAAAAGAAUAAGCAUCACAGGAGUUUCACACAUCAAAUAUCACAUACACAAAUCGUCCCUCUUCUAUUCAUUUCCAAAAUAUUUCUCCCUUUUUUUUCAUUUUAAAUGGCAUCUUCUUCCCAUUAUCAUUACCACAAAGAUGAUGAUGUUGAUUUUGAAUCCCCAUUUAAAGAAUUUUUUGAAAACUAUGCUUUUAUUCCAGAACCGAAAGAGCGAAAAAACGUAUUUAUAUCGAGAGAAACCGGGAAGAAGGCCACAAUAAACUCUGGAAUGAUUAUUUUAGUGAAACUCCAACAUACCCUCACAAUUUAUUCCGAAGACGGUUUCGAAUGAACAAAUCAUUGUUCAUGUGUAUUGUGCAUCAUCUCUCCACAAAAGUAAAGUAUUUUUAACCAACACAAGAUGCAGUCGGACGGUCUAGUCUAUCACCGCUCCAAAAAUGUACUGCAGCAAUUCGUCAAUUGGCAUAUGGUGGUGGGGCUGAUACAGUUGACGAAUAUAUACGACUUGGUGAAACAACAGCUCGAAAAUGUUUGCACCAUUUUAACGCCGGAAUAAUCCACUUGUUUGGCGAUGAAUACCUAAGACGUCCCACACUGGAGGAUCUUGAAAGACUACUCCAUAUUGGAGAACAACGUGGAUUUCUCGGGAUGGUUGGAAGCAUCGACUGUAUGCAUUGGGGGUGGAAGAAUUGCCCCACCUCUUGGAUAGGAAUGUAUU